ACACUCACCCUCCCAUUUUGUCCCGUACGCGCGGGCAUCCAGUGUUGUUGUUAUUGUCGCCUGGCGUAAGUGGCACGCUGCACCACUUCAACCACUUCGGGGCCCAGUUUUUCCUUCUUCACAACAACAAAGUAGGAAGUUACGCGGCUUAUCAAACCAGCAUCAUUCGCGCCAGCAACAUAAACGUUACUUAAUAGUGUGACCCUCUCCCGGACGAGUUCCGUCGUGUGGUGAGCCGUAUGCCAUCGGCCGUGCAGUGCAGUGAUUCAUUUGCCUUAGAAGGUGCAGUAGCAGCAGCAGCUGCUGUUCCAUACCGGGCUAAAAUCGGGCUGUGAAAAAUGAAGUGAAAACAAUCACAACACGCUCACGCUUCGUUCUGUCCCCUGGAGAUGAUUCUCAAGCAAGCAGCAGCUUAACUUGUGUUGUCAACAAAACGGAUCCAGGAUCGCUAGCGUUACUUUAUCGCUCGGUUGAUUACGUGGGUGCGAUAAAAGGGAUCGGAUUUCAUCCCUCGCCCAGCACUACAUGCACAAAUCCUUCAGUACAGUACAGUCUGGCCGCACGAAAGGGCCACAGUGUGUUUACGGCACGGGCGAUUAAUUAAUCGCGCUUGUGUGUCCACUUGUCUAACGAGAGCAUUGUCACCGAGCAAGCGAGCAAGUACAAGGACGGACCAGCCAGAAAAAGGGUAGCAAAACACUCACAGGCACGGACGUUCCGCACGCAAAAGGUUCUUGGUGCUUUGUAGCGCAACACGCUCAAAAUGCAGGUCCUAAGCAAGAUGACUCCGGUGCCCAUCACCUGCCUGGAGUAUGUACACCCCUGGACACAAUCCUGCACGCUGGCAACGGCGGAACUGAUGAUUGUCGGCGUCCAGUACUGCCUGCGGAUAUAUGCAGCCGUUUAUGCGCUAUCCCUGGUGAUGCGAGGCCGCAUACCGACACUGCCCGAGCUGAGGAAAACGUUGCGCGGUUGGCUCCAGUCGACCGCCUUCCUUACAACCAACGCAUUUAGCUAUUCCAUGCUGAUGUGCAGCAUACGAAGACUGACGGGAAACUACAACUUCUAUACCGCCUCCUAUGUGCCCGCCUUCUUUGCCGCACUCAUAUCGAUCAUGGUAGAACGAUCCUCCAGACGAGCGCUGCUAGCCCUGUACGUAUCGAACGUAGCGACAGAAACGAUGUGGAACAUACUGCAAUCGCGUGGACUCGUUAAAUCCAUCCCACACGGUGAGAUUGCCAUCUUUGGUCUAUCUACCUCCGUGCUGAUGUACUGCUACCGGAAGAAUCGCCAGGAAAGCUACCGCGAUUCGAUGUUUGACGUCGUGAAGUUUGCGAUCGGUGAUAGUGAGGUUAUGAAAGUGGCCCCCAGCUCAGCGCCGGUACCGGAAGAACCAACGGCACGCACAUCCAAAAGCCCAAAGUAUCCGCUCCCCUUCAUACAGGCUGUUCUGCAAGCCUAUCUACAGCUUACGGGACGGUUGAAGGCGAUGGGAAAGCAUCGGCUCUGUCGCCAUCGGUACAGCUGCCUGUACGAUACGCUCUCUAGCGGUGGACGCAUGUUUUCGAUCGGUCUAGGGAUACAGGUCGUGAUGAAGGCGGUGCUGCAGAUGCGAAAGUUCAUCGGCCGGCCGGAACUGAUACGCAAAACGUUCCUUAGCAAGGAAAUAGCUCGGCUGGGGCUAUUCCUCGGUGGAUUCACCUCUAUUUAUAAGAUGUCUUCUUGUCUGCUGCGUCAUUUUACCGACAGUGAUAGUCCAAUGUUUGCCUUCCCUAGCGGUCUUUUAGCUAGUGUCGCAUUCGCCUUCUACUCUGACAACACGAUUGCCUUGUACAUUAUGUGGAAAACGUUACAGAUAACAUACAACUGGGGUAUAGAGAAAGGAUACUUACCGAGGGUGCCCGGGUUCACCGUGAUGCUGUACGCCGUCAGUACCGCCCUACUGUUUCACGCUGCCACAAUUGAGCCGCAAAAUUUGCGACCCAGUUACUGGAAAUUUUUACACUCAAUCUCGGGUGGAAGAAUUUGCAUCAUGGAUCGUAGCGGGUUCGAUGUGUACGGGUUGGAUACAUCUGGCCAAAUACGCACUAUGAUGCAGCUGUGCAAAACGGAACCCAUCCUGCAGGGUCAGCUGAGCUGAGAAGCGUACAGCUGUUACGGGCCGCCGUUUACAGCAGAAAUGUAAUUUCUGUACCCAUUCUCCAACAUUACCUUACGACGUACCCAACGGUUCGUUACAGUGUCUUUAGAAAGCUUUGAGCUUAGGAGCGGCAAAAAUAGGGGGAUUGUUAGAAAAGUAAAACAAAAAACAAAUCAAAGAUUAGUUAACAAGAGCAGAGCAACAGGGACGGCAGGUCCAACAACUAUAAACGACGGUUUUUGCGGUAAUACGUUUUAGAAGCAUUAGAAAUCAAACGCAAGCAAUCAUCACAGCGGAAUGUGGAAACUAGCGCACUUAAGCAAAGCGGGUAUCAGUAGGUUUAAAGCAAAAGCGUAAUACAAUUACUUGUUACGUGGGAUGUUUUUUUUUUGUUUGUUUGUUGCUUUAUAGAACUUUUUUUUGUGUGUUAAAAACGUGCAUGUUUACUUGUUUUUAGCCUUAAAACGGGUUUCAUAUGGUUUAAUCGUUGUACGGUGUACGCGUUUCGGCUGCCCGUGCGACGCAGGGAUUGUUUCAAUUUGCGGUUUAGUGAUAUUGUUUUACGCUGUACGAAGUUAAUGACGAAUAAAUGUUUGUUCUUUAAUUUUCUA